GGGGCUGAUUUAAAGCUCUCUCCCCAAUUCUAUUGUAUUUUCCCUUUUGCCGUCGUCGGAUUCUGGUUAUUACAGUUAUACCAAUCAGGUUAUGAUCGCUGUCGGCUACCGGAAAUUUGGGAGCCGAAGCUCUUCCCCUGCUCUCGGCUUCCCUCGCCCCAGGUAUUUCCGAUACCGACGCUUGAGGUAAUCGGUAACUGCUCCACCCGCUCGAAAACGAAACGCCACAAAAGUAGUUAUUUCCGUUGUUGUCCUAUAGAUAUUACAUUAUUUUUUUACGGAGCAUGCCCAGCCCGAAGAGUUCUAGCCGGAGGGGGCAGCCGGAAGAGAAGAACCGCAGGCCGAGACCGCUCUCCGACAGAUCAUCGUCGUUCCACGGCCAGUUUCCCGAGGUGGCGACGCAGCAGCUUCGGAGGCCGAAAACGGUGCCGGACAUGGCGUCGUUCAGGAACGCGGUGGGAACGAUGGCGUCGUCGAUGGAUUUACGGCCAAAGCUGACGAAGCUGCUCCUCAACGUUACGAUCCAGGGGAGCGUCGGGGCCAUACAGGUCGUGAUGUCGCCGGAACUGACGGUAGGAGAUCUGGUCGCGGCGGCCGUGCGGCAAUACGGGAAGGAAGGUCGCCGUCCGAUCUUGCCUUCCGUCGAGCCGUCGUUGUUCGACCUCCAUUACUCGCAGUUCAGCUUAGAAAGUUUGGAUAGGGAGGAGAAGCUGAUGGAGUUGGGAUCCAGGAACUUUUUUCUGUGCCCUAACGCAAAAGCCGUGGGCGGUUGCGGUGGCGGUGGAGUGACGGCGUCGUCCGCGUCAUGUUCAAAAGAGGCGGAGAAAGUUUCAAGGAAUGGGUUUGCGUGGCUGAAGUUCAUGAAUUUCAUGUUGUAGUUGGGAUUAAUUAGUUUGGCCACAAUUAAUUAAAUGUUAAUUAUUUGAAAAUUGCAUGUGGCAGUGUAUAUAUGUAGGUGUGUCGUAGAAGAAGGUUUUCUAAUUCAGGAUUUUAUUAGCACAAGAAAAUGGCUUAAUAAUAAGCUUUAGAAUUUUGGAGGGAGCUUUCUCUUGAUAUGUGUAAUGUUCCUUGAAUUAUAUAAUAAGCACUUGCAAUUUGUACAGUUCAAA